AUGGCGAAUAAUUCCCCUAAUUUCUUAGACGAAGCGGACCCUCGGUUGAAGCUGAAAGUGGGAUGUGGAACGCGAAACAUUUUCGUGACUCAGUUGGGAGAGAGCAGGGAAGAGAAAAAUGUCAAUCACAUACCUGUUGUAACAGAGACAGCCAGCAGGAUCCUAGAGACAGGAGUGAACACUUUGCAGCAGACCCUUGUCCUGAAGAGGCAGGUUGAGUUGGACGACAUCCACAUGCAACUACUGAUGAAACAGGAGGAGUUUAAAGGCCACAUGAAUGCUUUAGCCCAGAGAAGGGCUGAACUGGAACUAAAACAACAAGAGACCAAAAAUAAAGUAAAGAAGUUUGAAAAGUUUAUGGAAGAUAAUGAGCUUAAGCGACAUAGAGCUCUGAAGAAGUGCCAGGUUGCAAGGGAGCAGAACCUUCUGAAGAAGAGGGAGAUAGAGGACCUGACAGAGCAGUUGGAGAAACUUCAACUCAGACAACAAAGUUUAAAGAAGAGAGUGUCAAAAUACAAAAUCUUUGAGUACUACUUGAUGAACAUACUGGAUUAUCUACCUGAGAAUUACCUUGAGUAUGGGUCAGAUUCUUUGGUUAUGCCCAUCAUUCGGCGCCAUGAGACGCUUUCCAUCACCCACCAGGAUCUGAUGCUGCGCAUAGGGCAGCUGGUGGAGGAGUUGGAGCGGGGCCAGCGGCAGCUGGAGAUUCUGAAGCAGGAGCACACCACCAACAAGCUGACGACCAACAAGGAACUGUCUGAACUUCAGAGUCAAUGGGACAGACUCAAAGAGCAGAACAAUCAGACAGAGGUGAACCUGCUGAUGGAUCAAGGCCAGUCCAGAGACAAGGUUGAGGAAUUUGCAAGCUUAUUUAUUGCCAUGAGGAACCUUGGAGAGCAGUGCUAUUUACAUACCUAUGGACCUCUGAAUGACAUGGACAUGUUAACAAUGAUGGACAUGGUAAAGGAGUAUAUUCUGGAGAAGACAGACACAGGAAAGAAAGCCACAAGGUUGAUGGAGUGUGGGUCUGCAAUGACAGCUGGCACAGAUUUAGCAGACAAAAGUGUGAGGGUAUCAGUGAAAACCAUCAAUAGUAAAACCCAAUUAAAAAGUUCAAGUAAAGUCAGUGGGAAGAGUGGUAUAUCAAGUUGA